AUUGUCCUGGGACGCUCUUAUGUGAAGCUGCUAGAUUAAACACCUCACUUGCAGUAGAAUCAAAGAGCAAUCGAUACGCGCAUGUUUAGAAAAGAAGAGAAGCAACCAGAAGUUCGCUUUAAAUUGGAUUUGGGAUUUUAUGUACAACAUGACAUUUGAGGAAAUAACUGGAGAUAACUCUCAAGAAAGAAUGGAUUCGGUGGCGAAAGCGUUAGAAGAGGUCCUGACCAGAGCCUUACCACAGGGCUGCAUAACUGUGGGCGUCUACGAGGCAGCAAAGUCCCUCAAUGUGGACCCCGACAAUGUGGUCUUGUGCAUCUUGGCGGCUGAUGACGAAGAUGUGAAAGACGUGGCCCUGCAGAUCCACUUCACCCUCAUCCAGGCUUUCUGCUGCGAGAAUGACAUCAACAUCCUGAGAGUGAACAACACCCGGCGCCUGGCUCAAAUUCUGGCGGCGGGAGGAGGAGGGAAGCAGAGCGGGGGCGAGCCCAUGGACCUGCACUGCGUGCUUGUCACCAGCCCUGAGUCUUCCUUGUGGAAGGACCCGGCCUUGAGCAAAGUGAACCUCUUCUGCAGGGAGAGUCGCUGCAUGGACCAGUGGGUGCCGAUUAUCAACCUGCCCGAGCGAUGAAAACAAAAGAAGAAAACACAUUCUAAAUCUGCACCGCAGUGGAUGUUUUACCAGCUGCAGAUCAAGUUUCGAAGCAGCGUUCGGGUUGGAUAACAAAACAACCCCCCCCCAAAAAAAACAAAAAACACCCUGUUGUGUUGGGAUGAAUUUAAAAAAAAAAAAAAAGUGGGACGGGAAUUUCCACUUGUUUUGGAGUUGUGUCUGUCCGUCGUGGCAAGCGGCUCUUAUGUCGUCACGGAUGACGAAAAUGGAGCCGGCCGGGUUGCUUUUGUUGGCGUCAAAGCCGGACGUGGCGCAGGCAGGAGGAUUACAUCAUAUGCUGCCACCGCUGUUGCUUCACGGUCUGUGUGACACGUUUCAGGAAAGGCGGAGAGUCGGCCGGAACUCUGAGCCGAGGCCUGGGCAUCUCUGUUCAAACAAAGCACUUAAAGCACUGGACCUUUUACUAUUUGAUUUCAUAUUUCAGUCAACUGUUAAUAUUGAUGUUGUUGUAAUUUAAAAAGGGAAGGGCUAUUAUUAGACAUCCAGUGAAGUGUGUAUUUAAUAAUUCCUAUGCCAAGUACAAUUGUCGUGUUACAAUUUUAAGUUAUUUUCCAAUAUAUUUAAGUAUAUUUAUGUUGUUGUUUUUUUACUUUUGCAGAAUCUGACUGGACACGUGUUCUGAUGUCAAUAAAAAAGAUAUUUGUUCUGAGCCACAA